AUGGAUAUUGAUCCAGGUACCGGAGAGAUUGCCCGUAAGGCCUUUAAGGAUGCUGGUGUUGAUCACUUCGUUUCUUUGGUCCUCGGCCCUGCUGAGAAAACGCUCCCCGAUUUGGUUACUGAAGGGCCUUUCGAUCUCGUCUUUUUGGACGCAAACAAAGAUGGAUACGUCACCUACUACAACACCAUUCUGGAACUCGGGUUGUUGCGAAAGGAUGGAGUUCUGAUUGCAGACAAUGUACUCAAGAAGGGUCUCGUUGUCAAUGCGACUGAUAUAAAUCCUAGCGUUACAGAUGAGUACGCCAUGAGUAAGGUUCCUCACGUCAAGGAGUUCAACGAUCUCCUAGCCGCCGAUAAACGUGUUGAAACGUUCCUCCUCCCUGUCUUUGACGGGUUGGCUCUGGUUAGGGUCUUGUAG